UAUGGUGCAAGUUUUGUUCAGUUGGACGGAGACUUGGCAAAGAUCAUCUUUUCUCCAAGUGGUCGGUGCCUAACUGCGCAAGAGGAGACUACGUGAUUCAACUAUGUUUGGAAAAGUAAAGCUUGAAACAGCAGUAAGAUUCACUGUGAUGUGCACCCGACUAAGUGCUUGUUUGGCACCUUCGACCAGUGCCUCAAGUUUGGAAAUAAUUCGACACAAAGUCUACUGGUGGAUUGCCCUCUGCAUUUCAUUAUCAUUCAGUUUACCAAUAAUGUACGAUCUUUAUUUGAAUCGCGAUGACGUGAAUAACAUCAUGUUGAACAUGGCCGAAUUGUGUCCGAUUUGUACGACGACCGUAAAAUUGUUCCUAUGCAAAUACAACGAACGAAAACUACAGGCGUGUGUUGCGGAAUUGGAACACUUUGUGGCAACAGCGAGUCGGCGGGAACGGCAACUCCUGCAGCAUUACGUAGACAGGUGUAUUUCGGUUCAUUACUUCAUGUUGUUCUGCAUCGUAUCUACAAUCUUUGGCUUCAGCAGUGUGCCUAUAUUUCUUCCCCAGCCAUACCCAACGCACGCGACAUAUCCUUUCAAAGUCGAAACAGAUUUGCUGAAAAACAUGAUACGCGCUUUUCAAAUAUUAGCUAUUGUCCAGACUGCGCUUUUCGUAUCAAUAGAUGCUCAAUUUUCAACUCUCAUCUGGUUCACCGGUGCUCGUUUCGAACUUUUAUCGGAGGAACUGCGGAAGGUUUCCGAUGUAGCACAAAUUCACGCAUGUGUCAGGAAACAUCAAAAUGUGUUACGAUUCGCAGAAGAUGUAAAUUUACUCACACGUUUUGUUGUCAGCGGUGUUGGAAUCAGUACGGCCAUCGGGACAAUUUGUGGUGGCAUACAGUUGCUUCAGGAUGCAACGGCGAUGGUCAAGGCACGAUUCGUUAGUUUCGUAAUGGUUGGUGCUCUGGAACUCUUCACGUACGCUUGGCCAGCUGAACAUUUGGUAAAAAUUAGUGAAGGCGUCGGCUACUCCGCAUACAGUGCAAGAUGGACAGGCCAAAAGCCCGAAAUGACGAAUCUCCUCUUCAUCAUCAUGCAGAGAGCCAGGAAACCAGCAUCGAUUUCUGUCAGUGGAUUUAUUCCAAUGCUAUCUCUAGACUUUUAUAAAUCGUUCUUGUCAACAUCGUUUUCCUAUUUCACCACGCUACGAGCGACGACUAUGGCGAACACAUCUUAAUACAUAAGCGGAGUCAUCAGAUCCAAUAGUUUGCGGUGACAUAAAUGUGCCGUAGUUUGUAAUUUGAAAAAUAUAAUAUGUAUCCUGUACUACACUUUCACAGAAUGAAAUCGAAUAAGAAAUCAGCUCACAAGACAACUUAGAGAGUGUCAGAGGCUUGGGACUAUAGUACUAAUAUGGUUAAGAAGUUGCCAGUAUUGGUAGACGGAACAUAUGUAACGGAGUGGCCCACAAGUCGUAAGAUCAGUGUAUAUUAUUAUAUGGAUAAUCAACCAUAAAUAAACAUAUUAGUGAAUAUAUAUUUGUCUCUGUU